AUUUCAUAAACUCUAUACCCUAUUCCCAAGCUUCUCAAAUUCCAAUGAACUUCAAUGGGAAAUUCUUCCAUUAACCUGAAAGAAAAUCCGAACCCACUUCAAGAAAAUGAAAUCCAGCUAACCAAACAUACCCUAACUCUCAUUUCCCAAACCAUAUGUAUAUAAUCUCUCUUUGGUUCAAGGCCUUUCCUCUUUGUAGCUCUGAUACAACUCUUCAAUGGAUCAACAUCAACCCCAAGAACCCUACCAUUCCGACUCUGACUCUUCUGACUCGUCUUGGAUUGUAUGACAUGUAACAGAAUUCAAUCAACAAUUGAAUAUGAGGAACUGACUCUGAUUGCACCAAAGAAAAAGCUAAAUCAAGAGGAUGCUCUCAAAUUUAUGCUUUCUGUGAAAAUUACAUUUGGGGGAAAAUCUGAGGAGUAUGCAGAGCUUACCCAAAUCAUGAAAGAUUACAGGGACAGAAGAUCUGAUAUCAAUGUAGUUCGAUCAAGGAUCAAAUUUUUAUUCAAGGAGCACCCAGAACUUGUUGCAGGGUUCAACAUCUUCUUGCCAGCUGGAUAUGAGAUCUCCGUACCAAUCCAGAAAGAUUACUCAGUUUCAAAUGCAGUCGGAGUAGAACAGACAGUAAGUUUUGUUGACAAAGUCAAGGUAGAGUACAUGCAUGAUGAAAGACGCUAAAGUCCUUUUUAGACAUUCUCGAAGGAUAUUGGAAUAAAGAGAAGAGUAUUGACGAGGUUUGCAUUUGCUUUCAUGAUAAGCCAGAUUUAGUUGCGGAUUUUUGUCAAUUGUUUUGUGCUUCAUCAAACUCAAUGACUACAAUUCACCAGAAGAAGCUGAAAAGACUAUCCAAAAAUUUGAAAAAGAGCCGCAUUCUGUUUUACCUAAUCGUAUUCUUUCUUGCAUUGUCACUUGUUGUGGCUUUUGGAUUGGGGAUUAACCUUGGAUUUUAUCUGUUGGAAGAUUGAAAAGCUUUCUGUCAUCUUUGAAGUGUAUCACUGCUAUACAAGAGCUAGUAAUCAAACAUUUUGAUGUGUACAGUCUUGUCAGUAUACUUUGUAAAGAAAUAAGAUAGUAGGGUGGUAACAGUUGUUUGUUUUGUAAUCUCUAUCUUUUGGAAUGAUAAGAGGUGAAACUGUCUUGUACAGUUUGUUCUGGAAAAAAGUUGUAAAUGAGUUUGAUUGGGAAUCAAA